AUGUCAAUCACUGCCAAUGGCGAAAAAGUAGCUUCUAACACUGUUGAACUUCAUUUAUCGUAUGAAAAGCAAAAUUGCGACGCUACCUUAUAUUAUAGUACGCCUGGCUUGCAGGAGAUAAUUUGCACGAUCGAAUUAUAUGGAGAUUUCGCAAAUUUCGUUUAUCAUUCUAAAUUUUUGGUUAAUUUAACAGCUAAUCUAGGAAAUACUGCCACCUUGUUUUCGACAAUGAUCAACGCUGGCAGAGAAUGCGUGGAUGGAGCAGCAUAUAGGUGCUCAGGAUCUAACGUCUCUAUUAACUUUUAUGUCUGGGUCUGCUUUCAGUAUAGGAACACAAAUAUAAGUGAAGCCAAUGGGCCAUUGUUUUACAGGACUGUAAAUGAUCUGUUGUAUCUGCAUUGGUUUGGUCAGUACAGGUGCAACUGUUCGAUCCAAAACACUGACAUCAGGUCUUCACUCGUAAUAAAUGGCUCUAAAAAAUGCCCUUAUAAUUCCAACAACUUCACAAUAGACGUGUCUGACGGUCCAGUCUGGCUGGGCAAGGAAAUUGUCCUGACCUGUUCCGUAUCCGUUAUGUUCCCGAGUGAAGUUGCGAAAAUUAAAAUGUUGUGGCUAUCGGCAUUUGGAAAGCAUAGCAGAACUCGUCUAAACAAUGAGAAAAUAAUUUACAAAGGGUCUGUUACAAUAACGGCCAAAUAUCGUAAAGAUUCAAGUGAACGUCCUACUUGUGGGGUCAUUGUAGAAGAAGGCAAUGAAAUUCUAAUUGAGAACUAUACUAUGAAUAUGGCCGAACUGCAGGAGGAGGGAAAAUCAACUUACAGCUGCGCCCUCUCGAGAAGGUCAGAUAAUCUACCGGUUAAGAUUGCUUGGAUGUGUAGCUAUUUUGUGGACAUACCUAUAAAGGGCUUGGACUUUUCUGCCUAUUACCAAGCUAGUGACGACAAGUUAUAUCUUUUGUGGGAUGGAGUUUAUACAUGUAAAUGCAGCACAAUUGUUGAAAAUUAUCGUCGAGCUCGAGUGUGGCCUCUUUCGUCAAAAACAUGCCCUUUUCAUAGGCACAAAGCCCAAAUAGAACUGUUAUUCUCAAGAGACUUACUGAUCAUGUCUUACACGAGGAACAACAUGGAGACGGGCUGCAAAAAAGAAGCAUGGAGGUUUCUGGGCUCCAGUAGCACCCCAGACCCUAAUCAAAAAUCCACACCCUACAUAGCAGGGCUGUACACUAAUUCAGAGUGUGCAAAUUUUCCAGGGACUGUUUGCUAUCUAGCUGUUCUUUUUUGUGAUUUAGACACCACAAUAAAUGUAACGAGAAGUGCCAUUGAAAUUGGACAAAAUUUCACGGUGAGUUGCACGGCCAGUUACUACUUCGGAGGGAACAAUUACGUAAAGGCUUCACUCACCUUGGAGUUUGUGGAGUUGCCAGGGCCGGUGAAAUGUCAUCUAGAGUACAAUCCAGCCACUCAGAAACAUUCAUGCAGCGUUGUGCAGGUCCUAAAAUCUAGAAGUUUCAAUUCUCAGAUCAUCAGCUGUACCCUCAACGUUACGUUCUUCAAUACUUACAUGAUGACGAAGGACAGGGCUGAGAUUAAUUUAAUUAGCAAACCAAUGGAAAAGCUAAUGAUAAUGUUGGUAGAGAUGUGCGAAAAUAAUAGAACCACGUACAACUGCAGCACGGACGGAGGUCCGACACCGAAACGAAUAAGUUGGAGUUGUGAGAAAAUUAACGGUUCUAAAAUAAAUAGCGACGAUUCUAAGUCCCUGUACUUCUAUAACGAUACCGAUCUGCACUUAUUGGAGUACGGACAGUACCAUUGUACUUGUGCUGCUUUUAAGAUUAAGAAUUUGAAGAAUGAAGAGCAGAAGUUAGAGGUAAAAGAGGUUUUAAAUGCCUUCAGAUACGAAAUGGCGUCUGGUGUCGGCAGAAGUUGGCAGGGCUUAAUGAUCGGCGGCUUCACUGCAUUCACUCUCGGAGUCGUCGGUAUUAUCCUGACCGGCAUCUACAUGCGGUUGAGUCGGGACGAUUCCCAUGGUUACCUAGAUGAUCAUUGUGAUAAUUAA